AUGCCUACUGGAGUAGGAAGCGGAGCAGUCGCUGAAGAGAAGCUCGAGAAAUGUCCACUUUGCGAACGACGCGUCCCGGCUGUGAAUCUCACUGCACAUAUCCAGAACGAGCAUACCGGAGGUGGUGGAAUGUCUGUAGCACAAGCACCCGCAUCACCAUCGCUUGAAUGCAAGUUCUGUCCGUCGACAUUCAAAGAUCAGAUGGAGCUGCAUUUGCAUCAGAUCAAUCAGCACACUGUUGAGCUACUCCAACAGACGCAAACACAACAAAUGGAUGCGAAAAAAGCAUCGACUGAGUCGAACGUAUCCAUCCUGAGAUGUAUGCGAUGCCAAUAUACUACUCGUGAUCCACGGAAUCUCGAAAUGCAUGUGGAACGACAUGAGCGGAUGAAUGAGGCGACGAGAGAGGCUAUGAAAUGUCCGGAUGAAGCGACUCUCGAAGCCCAUGCCGCCGUUGCACACAAUGGCCUAAAUUUGACUGUUAGAAAAGAGAAGAAGGAUGAGAAUGAUUUGGAGCCAGACAGCGUAAAAUGUUCGCUUUGUGAAGUGAAAUGUCCGGACGAGGCGACUCUUGAAGCCCAUGCCGCUGUUGCACACAAUGGCCUCAAUUUGACGGUUAGGAAAGAGAAGAAAGAUGAGAAUGAUGUGGAAACGGACAAGACUGUAAAUGAGAGGAACAGUCAUACGGUUAGUCACUUUUUCGUGUUCAAAGAUGGGAUCACCAAAAAGGGGCCUGGCGUUGAAGAGCCAACCAAGGCUAGUCCCGCAUAA